AAGAAGCAGAAGAAGAAGAAGAAAUAGGGGGAAAAAACUGAAGCUACGCGAGAUUUACGUGAUGGCUAAAGUGAACUAGCUUGCUUUGACAACCACAGUGACUGACACCGGUCGUGGUGAUCCACCGCCUGCUGCAAACGUUCUUUCGGUGGUCUCUAUGUCAUAGAGAGAAACUUUAAAGCUAACCAUCCACAGAGGAGUCCUGUCUGCCGGAUUGAAGAGCCCCUACCUCCCCUCGGACUGCCCACGGCUCUUGUCCUUUAACCGGCCAGCCUCAUCCAGCCCCACUGUGGAUCUUUAGACCUAACGGCAGGACAGUGGCAGAGGCGGAGCCAGAGCCAUCGGGGACCAGACCAGCGGGCAGAAGGGCUCCAUGAGCGCCACGGGGCAGCAGCAAGCGGGAGGCCUGCGUUCUCGCCGAGGCCUUGGCCGGGACAAGGACCCUGGGCAAGGAAUGGGCAUGGAGGCGGCCUGCUGGCUGGCCCCCGGAGUGCUCCGCAGGCUAAUCGAGUUGCCCUCACCCCCCUUGUCCCGACACCAGCUCAAGAGACUGGAGGAGCACAGGUACAGCAGUGCAGGACGCUCUCUGCUAGAGCCUCUGAUGCAGCGUUACUGGGAAUGGUUGGUGGGACGGGUCCCUUCCUGGAUUGCUCCCAACCUCAUCACCAUCAUCGGCCUGGCCACCAACGUCUUCACCACCCUCGUGCUCAUCUACUACUGCCCAACUGCCACUGAACAGGCUCCUCUCUGGGCGUACCUGCUGUGUGCUGUGGGCCUGUUUAUCUACCAAUCAUUGGACGCCAUUGACGGGAAGCAGGCCAGACGCACCAAUAGCAGCUCUCCGCUGGGCGAGCUCUUUGACCACGGCUGUGACUCCCUCUCCACCGUGUUUGUGGUGUUGGGAACCAGUAUAGCAGUGCAGAUGGGCACCAACCCGGACUGGAUGUUCUUCUGCUGCUUUGCUGGGAUGUUCAUGUUCUACUGUGCCCACUGGCAAACAUACGUGUCAGGAACACUGCGCUUUGGCAUGUGAGUCAACAAAGCUGUU